AUGGAUUCAGAGCCCGACAAUACCCCGUCCCCGUUCCCUCUCACGGCGGUGGACGUGGCUGUCCUGGCCAUGACAGACGACCAAUACCAACCGCAUACGUGGGAAGAAUUGAAACAGAUCAUUGCUGAGCACAACCUCAUCGUCCUCAAACGAUGGCCUUCCGACUUGAGACGCUACAUCAAGUGGUCACGUCAAACGAAGGCGACCUACGGCAGCGUCACCAAUUUUAUCAUGAGGGAACGAUUGAAAUGGACCCCUUUACCUUCGUCUACCCCGGAAACGGGCCCGAGAUUCGCCGUCAAGAACCCCGUCCCUUUCACAAACAAAGCAGAUUACAAGAUUCUAGUCAACGACUGGCCGUAUGGAGUGGCGCCUGGCAUUAGGCAUCUUAUUGUGUGGCUGAAGACCCGACUGGAAUCAGAGCCCACACAAGGCGACAUGACACCCAAAUCAAGAAGGCAAGUCGAGAAUUUCAUUCAGUCCACCUUCGUGGAUCGGGUCAGCGAACUGCCAGGUGAACAGGAAAAAGUCAUCUGGUUUAAGAACUGGACUGGACUGCAGUCCGUGCCGGGAAUGGAGCAUGUCCAUGUGUUGGUAAGAGAUGUCCCAGAUGAUAUCAUUCGAGAGUGGACAGGUGGGGAUCAACCUAUAAACAAUUAG